UGAUGAUGAAGAGGAAAUAGAGAGUAAACUACCCAUUGACAACAAAACAUCAACAUCCUUAGUUCAAAGUAUUAAAAGUCAAACUGCACAGUGGCCUCCUGUUCUAUUGGGGGCGCUGUUCGUUUCCAUCACACUAACGGAGUUAGACGUGCCGGUCCCUUUAACACCUCUCACACGUUUCUGUGUGUCGGGCCAAGGCUCGUUCCCUCGUGCUGACAGCUGAAGCACCAGCACCAGCAACCCGAGCUGCUGUCUGUGCACUCUCUCCUCUGCUUGAAAACUUCACAAAACUCUGACAUAAGUUUUAUUAAAGUUUAUUAUUUUUACUUCCUACGCGGUAUCUCCCGCUUUAAUUUGCCCACAGAGCUACUGUUUACAUGUCAAUACACGUACGCCUAGCUAGUUUUGGCUCUCCGUUGUGGUCCGUUUAGUCCAGGUUCAGAAGGAAUAUUAUUAUCAUAUUUUCGGAAGGAAAACAUCUGAAACAGCGACAUGACAGAAGAACUGGAGCGAUUUCUGCUGCAGCUGACAGAGCCCGACAACGCUGUCAUCCAGCAGGCCACUGAGCAGCUAAAACAGGCUUUCAAACAACCAGCUAUUAUUCCAGCCCUGUGUGCUGUCAUGACUGGCUCCCAAAACCAGCAGAUCCGUCAGUCAGCCGCAGUGAUACUGAGGAUGAGAGUGAAGAAACAGUGGAGUAAGAUCAUGCCUAAUGACAGAGAGAGCCUCAAAGCGGUGGUGUUGCAGGCCUUUGUGCAGGAAACAGAGCACACAGUGCAGCACUCGCUCUCCCAGCUGUGUGCUAUGUUGGUCAAACAUGAGACACCAGAGCGAUGGCCUGCUCUGCUGCAGUUCCUCAAUGAUGCAACCAAGAGCACAAACCCCCAAGAGAGACAGGUACAAGACCAAACCCCAACUCCUUCCAAGCCUCACUACUGCCAGCUGCUGCAGCUGUUCAGCACUGUACUGCGCGACCUGAGCAACCCGACCGCACUUUACUACUGCAUCCUCUCCAUCACCACCAUCACAGCAUACUCUGGCACAGAGGAGAUGAACCCAAUGCGAGCGAUCAUCCCAAGUCUGAUCACUGCCCUGAAACACCUUAUCAAAGCAGAUCAGGACAAAGCCAGUGAAGCCAUGGAGGUGUUGAACGAGCUCAUAGAAUGUGAGGUGUCAAUCAUCGUCCCCCAUGUGGCCGAGAUUGUUCGCUUCUGUUUAGAGGUGGGCAUAGACACCACACACAGCGACUCUUUGCGAGUGAAGGCUCUCUCAUGUAUCACCUUCUUAGUCAAGCUGAAGAGUAAGGCGUUGCUGAAGGAGAAGUUGCUGAAUCCAAUCCUUCAAGCCAUUUUCCCCAUCCUGACAGCUGCUCCUCCGCCUGGUGAACAGGACCCAGAGGAUGAUGAAGAUGCUGAUGGAGAAGACCCAGACAGUGACAAUCCCAAACAAUGUGCCGCACAGGUUAUUGACACUAUGGCUCUCCAUAUGCCUCCAGAGAAACUAUUCCAACAACUGAUGCCUCUCACUCAAGCCUGUCUGGCCAGUGAAAACCCAUAUCAGCGGAAGGGGGGUCUCUUGUGUCUUGCUGUCCUGGCAGAAGGAUGUGCCGACCACAUACGCACCAAGAUGUUGUCACCGAUGCUGCAAGCGGUUUGCCAGAGUCUGUCAGACAGUAAUCAGGUGGUGAGGUGUGCCGGCCUUUUUGCCCUGGGACAGUUCUCUGAACACUUACAGCCUGAAGUAAGCAAGUACUGUUCAGAGUUGAUGCCUUUACUGUUGGGAUACCUUUCAUCCUUGAAUGACGCCAAGGUUGGUCACAUUACCAAGGCCUUCUAUGCCCUGGAGAACUUCAUGGAGAACCUAGGCUCAGAUAUUGAACCCUACCUGCCCACUCUGAUGGAAACCAUGUUUUCUGCCCUGAACAACACAGAAAACUUCAAGAUCAGGGAGCUGGCUGUGUCUGCCAUAGGUGCCAUUGCCAAUGCUGCCAAAGAGCUUCUAGUUCCUUAUUUCCCUCCGAUCAUUGAAAGUCUAAAGGGCUUCCUGACUGCUACUGCAGAAGAAAUGAGGUCACUGCAAACUCAGUCACUGGACACACUCUCUGUUCUGGCCCGUACCAUUGGGAAAGAUGUCUUCAGUCCACUGGCUGCAGAGUGCGUUCAACUGGGCCUCAACCUCACAGACACUAUCGAUGACCCUGAUUUACGACGAUGCACGUACUGUCUCUAUUCGGCCAUCUCCACAGUCAGCCCUGAGUGCCUGACCCCUCACCUUACUGCUAUAACAACAGUCAUGCUGCACGCCCUCAAAUCUAAUGAGGGCAUCACGCCACAUCUCGAGGAGGACAAAACAUUUGUGCUGCUGGAUGAUGAGGAAGAGAAUGAAGAAACAGAUGAAAAGGAUAUAGAUGACUUUACAGAUGAUGAACCUAAGCCAGAUGUUGAGGAUAUCACUGGGUUCAGUGUUGAGAAUGCCUACAUUGAUGAGAAGGAGGACGCCUGUGAUGCACUGGGAGAAAUUGCCUUCAACACGGGCAUUGCAUUUCAGGAAUUCCUGGAGUCCAGUUUCCAGGAAGUUUAUGAGAUGAGAGAUUAUCCUCACGAGGAUGUUCGCCGGGCAGCGUUCAGUGCCAUGGGUCAGUUCUGUCGUGCUCAGCACAAAGUGUGGAAGGAGAAUCAGACCGAGUCAAACCACCACGCUCUGAUGAAGUUGCUGGAACUGGUGAUGCCGGUACUUUUGGAAACGGUGCGGACAGAGCCUGAGCGUGAGGUGGCCAUGGCCAUCGUGGAAUCUAUGAACAACGUCAUCAAGUCCUGCAAGGGGGAGGUUUUUAAAAAUCCUACGCGCCUCAAAGAGGUCUGCUUUGUCAUCCGGGACCUUCUCAAGAAAAAGAUGGUUUGUCAGGAUGGUGGUGAUGAUGCUGACGAUGAAGAACAACAGGCUGAGUACGAUGCUAUGCUGCAGGAGUAUGCAGGAGAAGGAAUCCCCCUGUUGGCCGCCUCUGUCCCUGCAGACAGCUUUGCUCCUUUCCUCAAUGACCUGCUGCCUCUCAUCAUGAGCAAAGCUAAAACAUCAUGCACAGAAGCUGAACGCUCCUUCUCUUUGGGAACAAUCGGAGAAAUCCUUCAAGCUCUGGUGAGCGUACCUGGCGGAAGAGGACUGGCCGGACGAUUGUCCAACCGUUUACUUCCUGUUCUGGUUGCUGGAGUGAAGGACAGAGACGCUGAGGUUCGCAACAACAGCGUGUUUGGACUGGGCUGCCUGGCCGAGGCUGCUGGACCUAUCGUCGUAUCAGAUUAUCCUAUGAUGCUAUCUGUGUUUUCUAACCUGCUGGCCAAAGAGACAGACCUGUCAGUGAUUGACAACCUGUGUGGUGCCCUCUGCAGGAUGAUUACGGGUAACAUAGAUGCUGUUCCCCUAGAGCAGGUCGUCCCUGCUCUCGUAGCUCGGCUUCCCCUUAAAGAAGACAUGGAGGAAAACAAAACAGUGUUCAACUGCCUGGCCAGGCUCUACACACACAGUCCUGCUUUGACUGUGAAACUCAUGAAGCCCAUAGUUGCCGCUUCCACACACAUCCUGGGCCACAAAGACGUUGAUGAAGAAACUCAGAGGACCACGGUCAUGCUGAUGAGGGAGUUCGCUCAGAGCCACUCAGCAGAUUUCCAGGCGUCCGUGAUGUCACUCAGUGGAGAGCAGCAGGCCAAACUCAGCACAGCCAUGUCUGCCUCAUAGCCAAAUUUCAGAUAUACACUUUAUUAUUGUUGGAGGAAAAAUGGGACUGUUGUCAGUCAUGGUGACCUUAAACAUAGGUAGGGGUGGGAAAUACUCUUUAUUCUUAGUAGAAGUCAUCCUUUCUCCAACACCAAGUUCAGCCAUCUUUUAGCUUCACUCCCUUGUGCUGAUUACACUGAAGUCUGUGAGUUAAGUGAGUGAUUAUCAGAGGAUUUGGAGACGUUAGUAUUGACUAUAGUUGAAAUGUUUGAACACAGAGAAGAAUCAGCUGAUCCUUUCCUAUUAAAAAUCCUAUUUUUAAUGUAUACAGAUAUAGCAGAACACUCUCAUGCUUAGUCAUCCCCACCCCUACCAAAAACUAUUUUCAUCAGCACAGCACUACUAUAGUAUUAUUACAUUUUGCAGUUAAUUUAUUCCUGUAUUGGCAGGUCCUUAUGAAGUGUUGUCAUAUUCAGCCGUAUAUUUUUUCCCCCGGGCUGUUUGUUGUUAGCUUUGUUUUACUCUUGAUUCCCUGUCAUUCCUACACACUGAUGAGAUCCCCUCUUUACAAAUAUUUGGACAGAGCUCUGAUUUUGCUAUGAAAUAUGAGGUAAUAAAUUUGAUCUCCAGAAAAAAA